CUAGGACGACACGACGGUUAGCUAGAUCUCACGGACACGGUAGCAGACAAGAUGGCGGAUACGAAGAACGAGAAGAUGUUCGAUUCGGACUCGCCUUCGGGGCAAGAGCUGGGGUCCAGCACUGAGGUGGUUGGUCAAGUCAGCGACAUCUCGGCAUUCGAGGCGCAAAAAGUAGCCUUGGGCAACGCUCACUUCAAAAGGUUAGGAUGGAAGCGACUCACAGUAGUGCUCAUCGUAGAGGCCAUCGCCCUCGGCAGUCUGAGCAUGCCUGCAGCAUUCGCUACCUUAGGAAUGGUGGCUGGCGUCAUCUUGAGUGUUGGCCUGGGUCUCAUUGCCAUCUACACCAGUUAUGUCGUCGGCCAGGUCAAACUAAAGUUCCCGGAAGUACAGCACUACGCAGAUGCCGGUCGUCUGAUAAUGGGUAAAUUUGGGUAUGAACUAAUCGGCGGGAUGUUCGUGUUGCAACUGGUAUUCCUUGUCGGAUCUCACUGUCUCACGGGUACUAUCGCUUUCAUGAACAUUACCAACAAUGGCGCCUGUUCGUUGGUUUUCGGUGUUGUCUCAGCCAUCAUUCUCCUGCUUCUCGCUAUCCCGCCCUCUUUUGCCGAAGUAGCCAUUCUGGGUUACAUUGACUUUGUUUCUAUCAUGGCCGCUAUCUUCGUCACGAUUAUUGCGACGGGUGUGCAACGGACAGAUGCUGGGGUCCCCUCUGAUUGGUCCGCGUGGCCGAAGGAGAACAUGACCUUCACUGAGGCUUUCAUUGCCAUUACAAAUAUCGUCUUUGCCUACAGCUUUGCCAUCUGCCAGUUCUCGUUCAUGGAUGAAAUGCACACCCCUAAGCAUUUCGUUAAAUCCAUCUGGGCGCUCGGCCUGAUUGAGAUCGUGAUUUACACACUGACCGGAGCAUUGAUCUUCUGCUUCGUCGGUCAAGAUGUCAAGUCCCCUUCUCUCCUGUCGGCUGGAGACUUGGUUUCCAAGAUAGCCUUCGGUAUUGCUCUACCCGUCAUCUUCAUCUCCGGAUCCAUCAACGGUACCGUCGUAGGCCGAUAUAUUCACGGUCGUGUUUACAAGGACUCGGUCACUCGUUUCAUCAAUACCACCAAAGGCUGGAGCACGUGGCUGGCGCUCAUCACGUUCAUUACUCUCAUUGCGUGGGUUAUCGCCGAGGCCAUCCCCUUCUUUUCCGAUCUCCUGGCCAUCUCUUCGGCGCUGUUCAUCUCCGGGUUUACAUUUUACUUCCCUGCUGUUUUCUGGUUUAUGCUCAUCAAGCAGGGCAAGUGGUACGCAAAAGAAAACAUUCUAAAGAGUAUUCUCAACGGCUUGGUAUUUAUUAUCGGGAUGAUUGUACUAGUUGGUGGCACGUACGCUAGCAUUGUCGACAUCAUUGACGGAUAUAGCAAGGGCAAAGUUCGAGGUGCCUUCAGCUGUGCUCCAUUCUAGUAAUGAAAGGCUCAGCAAGACAAAUUUCUUUAAUUUCAGUUAUGCUCCCUACUUGAAAGAUCGAAGUCAUGCGCCCCUUCUCACGAACACGAAUGGCCUGUCGAUGACAUUAUGAUACCUCCUUUCUUAUUUUCCAAGCGUCAUACGCGAGCAAUGGGUUCAUAGCAUCUUGUUUCUAGAGCACUGGAUAGUACCUCGUGGAUAAGACCUGAUUCCUAGCUCCAAGGAGUUUGAGAAUGCAUUUUGUUUUCUCUGGGAUUGUAUACCUUUGUAAAACACUAUCUGGGAGUUGCAUCGCGAAUGACAAUGAGUAACUGGGCAUAUUAUCUUAUGGUUCAUGUAUUGAAGAGCACCUACGUGUUAUCGAUGUUUUCAGGCUAUAGCAGUUAGAAAAAACGAAAUAACUAACAGUGGAACUAUUCUCGUACGGACUUUAAACUAUUGUACGUCAUCUGCAUGAGGCGUUUUGGUAACAAAUAAAUUCAAGGACGAACAUAGUAAUCAUUUCCUUGGUAGUUAUGCAUCUAUGACGUAGUCGUAGAUGGAGACAGAGUUCGGAUUAAGUUGCGAUUUUCGUAAUAUACGAGCAUCUAAUGUCAAAGGGCGUCAUACCUAUAUGUAUUAUAUAAUAGAAC